AUGAUGAAAACAACAUCAGAACUUUGGACGAAAAUAGGAAAGCUGAAGACCAGAAAGAUAGAAGAAACCGAACACAAUAAAGCAGAUAAGAUUUACAACCCACACAGAGAUCCAUCCAUGAUGGGUAUUGGCAAAGGCUUCUCUGGUGAGAAGUUGGAAGAUCUUCAAGAAGUUUUAGUAUGUGUUGACGAGCUGAAAUAUAUAUAA